CUGAUCACACUUGGCCAACACAUGUCUGAAUAAUGGGCAGGGAAAAGCGGAGUUGAGUGGGAUAUGGAUGUCCCUGUUCCGCAUGAUAUCACGAGCAUAUCUGCUUUUCAAAUAACGAUAUGAGAACGAACUGUCCAGCAGAUGCCGAGAACACGGUUCUAAGCGGGCAAAAGGAAAACCGAGGGCUGCAGACGUGGAUGUGGGCGGGACAAAACGUGGGAGGUGUUGACUGUGCAAGCUUGCGUGCAUGGUGGCGCUGUGAAUUGGGCGUUGGUGAUGCGAUGCAAGCCGACAUGCAUACCUCGAAGGACGAACACAUGUUUCUUCUUUCGAGGAUUGUAGCUGAGUUCAUUAUGGACGACUAUUCCUAAAACCUACAAGGCUCGCGGCACCUAUUGGAGGGUAUAGGUACAUAGGUACAUACUCCGUACAGUAGUAGUAUAAUCAGAUUUUCCGUUGAACCAUCCCCCACCCUCGUCCUACGUCACAC